AUGGCGUCGUCAGCUCUUUUCGGGCCCGGUGUGGCUCUCGUCCUCCUCUUCUUCACGUUGACAUCCUGCACUCCAUCCGGACCGGCCUCUGACACCUGCGCAACCCUUGAACAGAGUCGCUUCUUCGGUGUUUUCUCCUCCACGACCAACCUUCCGUCUGCGCCAUGCUCCUGGACCCUGCAGAACCCAGACCCUCGUCGCUACACUGUCUACAUGAAGAUCACCAAGCCGACCGAUUCCUGCACACCUAGGCAGAUCAGGACCUUCCAGUUCGACUCCUUCAUCGAGACAUCCCGUACCUACCUGGGCAUGGAGAGCUAUGACGAAGUAGUCAGGCUGUGUGAUGCUUCGACCACCGUUACCUACAUCGAAUCAAGCAAGCAGUUCCUGCAAAUCCGCAAGGUGGCUUCAAGCAAUGGUCUGGAGGAGAUCGCACAGAAUGACGUCAGCGAGUUCAAGACUGAGUUUCUAGUUGUUGGGAAAAGGAACCCGAGUAUGCCCGCCUGCCAGAUGCUGUGCCAGUGGCUGGAGAAGUGCCUGUCCAGUAGUACCCACGACUAUCCCUGCGGCAUCAUGAACACCCCAUGCCAGUGUUGGGAGACCCCCAAAAGGAAACCAGGCAGCUGCUACAGAGGUGGCGUCUACGUUGAGAAAUGCUCUCCAGUGCCAAGAGACAACGGACAAAAUGCUGAGAUCAUCAAAGGCUGGGCUGGUUGGAGCCGUUGGUCAGUUUGCAGUCAAGAAUGCGGGGGAGGCGUCCAGGUUCGCAGCCGAGCCUGUCAGCCCGAUGAUGCUGUCUGUGAAGGGACGGUUGAAGAAGGCCGGACAUGCAACCCACAAGCCUGUAUAGGCAAAGAGCGUAGCAAGAGUCAAGGGCUACGGGCCAUUAUUGGUAUGAGGAGGGACCAUGCCGAUGAUUCUAGCCUUGGAGGAGUCUCAACCCAAAUCUCAAACACAAAAACCGAUGAGUGGUCCCCUUGGAGUGCGUGUUCAGUGACAUGCGGUGAAGGUUGGCAAAGCCGCACCCGUGUUUGCGCGACCUCCUCCUUCAGCACUCAAUGCACCGGACCCCUGCGUGAAAACAGGCCUUGCAACAACACCGCUGUCUGCCCAGUGGAUGGCGCUUGGGAUGAAUGGACCCCGUGGAGCUUGUGUUCAUCCACAUGUGGUCGCGGUUACCGUGACCGCACUCGCACGUGUAGGCUGCCCCAGAACGGAGGAGAGCCUUGCAAAGGCCCAUCGAGACAGAACAAGCUCUGCAACAUUGCUGUAUGCCCUGUGGACGGACACUGGAACGAGUGGUCUGUCUGGAGUCCAUGCUCGGCUUCUUGCUCCAAUGGUACCAUGCAAAGGACACGAGAAUGCAAUGGGCCGUCGUACGGGGGUUCAGAAUGCCACGGGAGCUGGAAAGAAUCCGUCAACUGCUUCCUGAAAGAAUGCCCUGUUGACGGACGUUGGAAUGCUUGGAGCUCCUGGGGCAGCUGCAGCAAGACUUGCGGUGGAGGCAUCCAGCAGAGACAAAGAGCUUGUGAAGGGCCUUAUUUUGGUGGGGUACCUUGCCCUGGCGAGAGAGGAGAGCAGAAGCGCUGCAAUGAGAAGCGAUGCCCUGAGCCCCAUGAGAUUUGCCCCGAGGAGAACGCUGGCGAUGUUGUGUGGAAGAAAACACCAGCUGGAGACAUGGCUGCCGUCUCAUGUCCUGCCGACACUGCAGGUUUAAUUCUUCGCCGGUGCAGUCUUAAUGCUGUUGGUCUAGCCACUUGGGAGAACCCGACUUACAUCAAGUGUGUCUCCAAAAACUAUGAGAACAUUCAAAUCUUGUCAAGGGACUACAUUACGAAAGCGCAGACUGGGCAAGCCGUGGAUGGCAUCGCCGAGGUGAUUUCACGUCUGAGGUUCUCAACGGAUGAAGGCGCAACUUACAGUGGAGAUCUCAUGGCCAUCAUGGAAAUCCUGAAGAACGUCACUGAGACAUACCAGGCGAACAAGCUGAGGCUGAGCAACGCCGAUAUAGAGAACUAUGUCCAGACCAUCAGCAACCUCCUGAAAGAGGAACACCAUGACAAAUGGGAAGAGGCACAGCUGAUGGGUGCCAACGUCAAGGAAUUUUUCCUUCUCGUCGAGGAGUCUGUGAACAUGAUCGGCAUGCAAAUGAGCGGCUUCCAGGACAUUUACGAAGUCACCGAGAAUUUAGUGCUGAGCAUCCACAAGAGGCCAAGUACUACAAGCGCCAACUUUACUUUCCCUGCUAAGGGCUGGAGGGGCAUGUUAGACUGGGUCAGGACAGCUGAGGAGAAAAUAUCGGUUUCCAGAGAUGCUCUGGCUAUUGAGCCGACUGAAGGCAAUGAAGCAUUUGUGACUGGCAUCGUCCUGUACAGAAACCUCUCUUCAUUUCUUUCCUUUCAAAGCAAUUCCACCCUGCUCAAUUCAAAGGUGGUGACAGUGAUCGUCAAACCUACCCCUGCGCUUUUGUCUUCUCCGGUAGAGAUCGAGUUUCCACAUCUCCACAACGACACCAUUAAUGAGACAUGCCUCUCAUGGGAUGAAAGUGAAACAUCCUCCCUGCUCGGAUCGUGGUCUGCUCGGAGCUGCAGAGCCGUGCCCGUUCAUUCAUUCAGAACCAAAUGUGUGUGUGACAGCCUCUCCACCUUCGCCAUUUUAGCACGCGUCAACUUCGACUCGAUCAUGGACAAGGCACUUCUCCCAUCCGUGACUCUCAUAGUUGGCUGUGGGGUGUCCUCUCUUACCCUUCUCCUACUCAUCAUCAUCUAUGUCUCAGUGUGGAAGUAUAUCCGCUCUGAGCGCUCUGUUAUUCUCAUCAACUUCUGCCUGUCUAUUAUUUGCUCCAAUGCUCUUAUUCUGAUAGGGCAAACUCAGGCUCGCAAUAAGGUGGUUUGCACACUGGUAGCAGCUCUCCUGCACUUCUUUUUCCUUUCUUCUUUCUGCUGGGUGCUGACAGAAGCUUGGCAGUCCUACAUGGCUGUCACUGGUCGUCUGCGCAACCGCAUAAUUCGCAAGCGCUUCUUGUGCUUGGGUUGGGGCUUACCCGCAUUGGUGGUGGCCGUGUCUGUGGGCUUCACAAAAGCCAAGGGAUAUGGUACCGUCAACUACUGUUGGCUCUCUCUUGAAGGCGGCCUUCUCUACUCCUUUGUUGGCCCGGCUGCUGCUGUUGUCCUGGUGAACAUGGUCAUUGGUAUUCUGGUCUUUAACAAGCUUGUAUCCAAGGACGGCAUUACCGAUGUGAAGCUGAAGGAGAGAGCUGGGGCAUCACUGUGGAGCUCCUGUGUGGUUUUACCUCUCUUGGCCCUCACAUGGAUGUCUGCCGUACUGGCCAUCACGGACCGUCGCUCAGCCCUCUUCCAAAUUCUCUUUGCCGUUUUUGACUCCCUGGAAGGUUUCAUCAUUGUCAUGGUCCACUGCAUCCUUCGUAGAGAGGUUCAAGAAGCUGUUAAGUGCAGAGUAGUGGACCGCAAAGAUGACGGCAAUGGAGAUUCUGGAAGCUCGCAUCACAACGGCCACAACCAGCUUACGCAGUCGGAUAAUGAAAAGGAUGGAGAUUCGAGCAGACAAGGCAUGAGCGGCUCACCCGAAGAGAAGAUGUCUCCUCCUCAAAUGCCUCUUCCCAUGGGCCCCAAUUUCCACACCUUGCCGUCCAAUAAGAGCCACAUGCAGGCAGUUCCUGAAUAUUCCAGCCACACUCUCACCCUUAAGAGAGAAAAGAGCCGUCUGGCCGGGGGAGUCGACCCCUCUUGCGGAAAACCCGUCUACGUAUGCGAGGGAGAGCUCUUCCAACAGUUGGAUGUCGAUCUGGCUCGCGUUCAGGCGGAGGGCGGAGUCUCUGACGGUAGCGGUUACGUGCUCAUGCCCAAUACUACCUCCACUCUGAGAUCCAAGCCUAAAGACGACCCGACGAAAUACAACAUCAGCGUAGAGCAGCUCCCUCAAGCCAGACUCAUGCACCUGAGCGGCCCCUUUGCUGAACCUCAGGCCGCUUUCGCCAUCAAGUCCAUUCCCUGCGACCAGGUCAGCGUGUCUUAUUCCGAGAGGGACUCGCCAAUCCAAAACAUCCACAAUAUGUCCAGCGAGUCUCACAUCACUCACAGCAGCCUGGAGAACACUUUUGAGUCGAUGAACUCUAUGAUGUCCAAAAGCGAGACCAUCUCUACCUUGUCCAUGAGCUCCUUGGAGAGACAAAAGUCCCGGUAUGCUGAGCUUGAUUUCGAGAAAAUAAUGCACACAAAGAAACGUCACCAGAACAUGUUCCAGGACCUGAACAGGAAGUUACAUCAUGCUGAUAAAGAUAGAGAAUCGCCCGCCUCUGAUAGCAAGUCUGUGAGAUGGAGCGUAUCAUCAGCAGGAAGUGACAAAACGAACCACAGCGACAAACAGCAGGGUCCUUUGGAGAGGCCUUGGGAAGGAGUACGAGGCUUACCGCAGCAGUCUCCUCCCGCGUGGGUGCGCAAAGACUUGGAACCUCUCGCUGCCUCGCCACUGGAGCUGCAUUCCGUGGAGUGGGAGAAGAGCAGCACCUCUAUCCCCAUGGUGGGUCAGGACAUCAUUGACCUGCAGACAGAGGUCUGA